AUGGGUUCUCUUGAGACCAUGAAAGCCCUGAUCUUCCACGGCCCAUAUGAUGUGAGACUGGAGGACAGGCCAAUUCCAAGGGUCAUCGACCCUACAGACGUGGUAAUCAAGACCACUUCAGCCGCUCUUUGUGGAAGCGAGCUUCACAGAUACCGCGGACACUCCAAGAUCAACAUGCAACCGGGGUAUGUAUGCGGCCAUGAGGGCAUGGGGAUCAUUCAUGAAGUCGGCAGCGAAGUGCGGAAUUUUAAGAAGGGAGACAAUGUUAUCGCUCCUUUCACAAUCAGCUGCGGCGAAUGCUUCCAUUGCAAAAGGGGUAUCACUGGUCGUUGCGUCAAAUGCAAGUCGUUCGGUUCAGUGGCUCUUGAUGGUUCACAAGCUCAGUAUUUCAGAGCACCAUUAGCAGAUACGACUCUGUUCCACGUACCACAGGAAGGAGACCUUGGAGAGCUGCUGAUCAUGAUGACCGACAUAUUUCCGACCGGGUUCAAUGGCGCCAGAAACGCCUUCCGGGAGACUCUGAGUGACCAGUGGAAGGACAUGACUGUGGUUGUAAUCGGUUGCGGGCCUGUAGCACUUUGCGCGAUGAUAUGUGCGCUCGAGUAUAAGCCAGCUCGAAUUGUUGCAAUCGACUCGGUACCUGAUCGACUGAAACGAGCAGAAAGUCUGGGUUGUAUUCCUCUCAAUUUCAAGGAACUGGAUGUCGUCAAGGAGAUCUUGCGGCUCACUAAUGGCAACGGUGCGCAUGCCGUCAUUGAAGUUGUAGGGCUCAGUCCUGCUUUGAAGACUGCUUAUGAUGUUAUCAGUCCGGGUGGAAAGAUCAGCUCCGUUGGGGUCCACAAUGGAGAGCUCCCUUUCAGCGCCGCAGAUUGCUACAACAAGAAUGUCCAUAUCCAAUUUGGUCGUUGUCCGGCAAGAUAUGUCUUCGAUGAAGCCUUGCAAGCUCUGAUCAGGAAUAAGGGUAUCAUUGAAAAGAUGGAGUUUAUUGACCUCGUUCUGCCGGGGCUGGAUGAAUCGGCGGUGGAUGCUGUGCGACGUUUUGAACGCGCCGAGUACAAUAAAGUAGUGUUCAAGCCGAACGGUUCGUAG